GACGACUUUUGUUUAAAUACGAACAUUUCUGAUUUUCAAAGGACAGCAACACCUACGUGUGAUUGAAUGUUCGUUCUUACAUAAAAACCGUUUAGUCUGUACCAUCCAAGCAUUGAGUCAACAUGAGAAAACGUACUUCACUACUAAUACUCUUGAUUAUUGCGGCGGUGUGGACACUGACAGUUUCAGAAGCCGACGCCCAUCCUCUGGCAGAUGCUAAACCGGAAGCGGAAGCAAUAGCCGAAGCAAAUCGAUGCGGGUCUUGUAACUCAGGAAACAAUUAUGGAACGUCUUCUAGCGGAUACAGCACAGGCGGUUAUAAUGACGAUUGUCCCUUCAGUUGUGGAGGAGCUGGAGUCUUUACCAAAAUUUUAGAGGGACUUCAAAUAAUAAUUAAUCACGUGAUAUAUAUAUUAUGUAUUAAUCAAGGAGGCCUUCUUUCAGCCAUUAUUAAAUUGAUAUUUGGCCCAAUCCCUUGUUUGGACAAUCUAGGUAAACAACAAAGCUGUUGUUGUUGUGGAGGGAAUAAUAAAUAAACUCAUAAGAAAUAUGUCUGUACCACAUAACAUAAUGCAUGUAUAUGUUUUCGUUAUACUCAUGCGUUUUAACAUUACGGUGAGUAUACCAAAUGGAAAAAAAUAUUUUGUACAAGGAAAUAAAGGUUAUUUACAGUA